AUGUCUUCAACAGCUGCUAUAUCUACUGCGAAGGUAGCCGGAGCAGAGGCUGCUCGUCAGACCUCUAUUCCAGCUAAAGGCUUCGAUUUGCCUUCUACUAAGCAGGUCUUCUCGGAUCUACCUGGAUCGUCUUCGUCUUUGACAGCUCAAGAUACCGAGACCUUGAAGGUGGGUGAUCAGAAGAAGAUGUUUCAUGCUCUGAAAGCCAUCAUCGAAAGAACCGAGGAGACCGGUGAAGCUGGGAAUAGCUUUGAUCUCAAGGAGCUUCAUGCUUCUCUAGAACUGGCCGAUACACAUUCACGACGGGGUCGACGAGACGCCGAGUCUCUACAGAGCGUGCUUACGAUGGUAGAGCAUCUCUGGGCUAGUAAAUCUGAAUUUCUGACUCACGCGGCGGAAGUACUGGCCAACGGGAGUCGAGAACCGUCGUGGCGGGUUCCCAUCGGCCAGUCUGGCAUUUUAAAAUUCUUCUUGGAGAUCAUUUCCUCAAAAAACGACGUCGAAGCCGGAUUGUUGUUGCACUCGUUGCGCUUGGUUGGCAAUUCUUGUGCUGACACGGAUGAAAACAGAGAGGUUGUCAUUAACGGAAACUAUACUCUGGCUAUUAUUCGGCAGUUUCUCAACCCAGACCUGGUUCAUGUCGCAAUUCCAGUGAUCUAUAAUAUCUGCAUGGACUACGAGCCUGCCCACGUUCAAAUGGCUGCGAAUAGAACAGCGUACAUCAUCUUGAAGUUACUCAAAGAAGGUGCCAUUCAAAACAACAGCGCAUUGCUAAGCUUCUCUUAUGACCUUAUUGAAUUGGCCUCUGAGCAGGCUCAGGGAAUCGAGAACUCCCCAGAUGGAACCAUUUGGCUCCUGACGACCCUCGCUCUAGAUGAGGACAUUCUGUUCGAACAUUACUCAUCCCUGGUGAAUUCUCUCUCCAUGUAUUUGGAAAAGGAACGUUUCCAGAAUGCUUGUAUCUCAAACAGUAUGGUGGAAGGGGUAUUGUCUGUUCUCCGACGAUCUUUCUCCAUCGAAGUUGAUGAAUCCUCGAAAGAAGAUAUCCAAACUCUUGCUCAGGUUCGUAUCAAGAUCAACCAGGCCUUAGCAGAGAUCUCGGCUUCCCCAUCGUUUGCCGAGCAUUACCCGCUUGACUCUGCCCUUGCACAUGCCCUCAAGUCCUGGGUUAUCGCAAAAGAGGACCAGCUUCAAAUAUGUGCAUGCGUUAUGCUUGGAAAUUUGGCUCGAUCUGACCAAGUCUGUCAAGUUAUGGUCCGGGAUCUUAAAAUUCACGAGGAAUUGAUCUCAGUUCUCAAAAGUGAUGCCCGCGGUGCCGUUCUUCAUUCGGUCCUCGGAUUCUUGAAAAACCUGGCAAUCGCCAGUGAUAACCGCCCCAUUCUUGGUGAAGCUGGGAUAAUUCCUGCCGUUUCUACCUUGUGGGCAUUCGAGUCCGUUCCACAGGUUCAGUUUUCGGCUGCAACGAUUGCUCGCCAGGUGACCAUUUCCUCCAUGGAAAAUAUCGCGCGGCUGCUGGCUCCGCUCUCGGAAGACCCAGAUUCUCCUGCAAAUAGGCGAACGUACCUCUCCCUUCUUCUAUCGCUUUUUGAAAAGACAGAUAACUCGCCCAUCAAGAUCGAAAUUGGCCGUACUGUGGCUUCUAUCUGUCGAACAGUCAGCCCUCAAGCUCAAGAGGGUGGAGAAGUAGCGGCUUCUCUACUGAAUAAGCUAUACGGGUUGCAUGAGGGUGUUGCCCGUCCGAUUGGGGCUAUGAUCACUCAAUCCCAGUGGCCCGUCGUUCGAAGUGAAGGGUGGUUUGCUUUGGCUCUGAUGGCAAGCAGCCAGGCAGGAUGUGCUGCUGUUGUGGACUGCUUGCAGAAUGAGGAGAUAAUGAACCUCCUCAAAACAACUUUGAGUGGCGGGGCUUCGGAGUCGGACCAAACUGGGGAAAUAAACGUUUCUCAGGUGGCUAAAGACCGUGAUAAUACGUUUGUGUUGGUCCAGGAGCUGUUAAAGAAUGGGUCCGGCGCACUUCCCGAAGGUUAUCGAGGGACAUUAGAAGAUUUGGUGAAUGAUAAUGCUUCACAGCAUUUGAAAAGGAUCCAGAAUGCUUAG